AUGAGUUCUCUCUCAUUCCUCCUCCUUUGCUUGACUUCGGUUGCCAAUGGCAACAAAGCCAAUAAGCACAAGCCAUGGAUCGAGACGGAGUACCAGGGUAUCGUCAUGGAGAACGACAACACCGUUCUCCUCAACCCACCACUGUUUGCCCUGGAUAAAGACGCUCCACUGCACUAUGCAGGUGAGAUCUGUGGCUUCCGGGUGCACAGUGGGCCCACGGGAUCCAGUUCGGUACAGUUUGAGGCGGUGGUUCUGGACCGCUCGACAGGGGAGGGCCUGAUCCGCUCUAAAGAGCCCCUGGACUGUGAGAGCCAGCGGGAGCACAGCUUCACCAUCCAGGCCUAUGACUGUGGAGAGGGCCCCGAUGGAGCCAACAGCAAGAAGUCCCACAAGGCCACGGUGCAUGUACGUGUGAAUGACGUAAACGAGUUCUCCCCAGUGUUCGUGGAGCGUCGCUAUGAGGCCUCCGUCCCCGAAGGCCGUCUGUUCGACCGCAUCGUGCGCGUUGAGGCCCUCGACGCAGACUGCUCCCCGCAGUACAGCCAGAUCUGCUUCUACGACAUCAUCACCCCCAACGUUCCCUUUGUCAUCGAUAACGAUGGUAACAUUAAGAACACAGAGCCAUUGGAUUCGAAGCGCCAGCGUGUCCACACCUUCUGGGUGACCGCGUUUGACUGUGGCAAGAACCGCGCUCAGGCCGACGCCCAGGUCGUCGUCACGGUCAAACCGUCCUGCAAACCCGGCUGGAUCGGUUGGUCGAAGCGGGUGGAGUAUACCCCCGGGUCAGGCAGCAUUCCCCUGUUCCCCAGUUUGCACCUGGAGACCUGCGAAGAGACUGUGUGGAACAUCCAGGCCACCGUAGAGCUGCAGACUGGCCAUAUUGGGAAGGGCUGUGACAGGGACAGCUACUCAGACCGAUCAGUGCGCAGACUCUGUGGUGCUGUGAGAGGUGAAGUGGACUUACUCCCGCCCCCGUCCCCAGCAGCCAAUUGGACCUCAGCCUUGCCCACCCUCCCUUCUUCUGAUUCGUCCCUGGUGUUCUCCUUCAAUGGCUCCACCCAUGUUGCUGUGGUACCCGACUCCGUUGCCGCGGCCGUAUCCGGAGACCAUUUCACACUCCAGCUGUGGAUGCGAAGGGGUGGGAUCAACACGCAGCCUCCGACUAAUCAGGCCAGAGGAACCCACAGGGAGGAGGAGACGAUCGUCUGCAGUACCGUCAAGAAUGACGACUCCUUCUCCCACUACUCUCUCUCCGUUCACGGUUGCCGUCUUUCUCUUUUCUACUGGCCCGAUGUCUCCGCUGCGCGGCCCGUGAAAUUCCUCUGGAAACUGGAGCAGGUGUGUGACAGCGAGUGGCAUCACCUGUCCCUCAGUGUCCAGUUCCCCUCUGUGACACUGUACGUGGAUGGAGUCACCUUCGACCCCGCCCUCAUCCACGACAACGGAGCCAUACCCAACCCUGCCCCACGACAGCGACUGGUCAUUGGCGCCUGCUGGGGUAACGAUUGGUUAAACCAAAGACAGGCUGAAACUGCUUCUCCAAUAGAAAUCCCCAAUCCCACUUGGAAGUAUGUGGGUGGUUACCGUGGCCUGUUGUCAGGGGUGACGGUGCGUCCAGGGAGUGUGGAGCCCCACAGUGUGGUGGAGUGUCUGUAUGCCUGCAGGGAGGGGCUGGACUUUGGGGACCUGGAGACCUUGGGCUCAGGCAUGAAGGUGCAUGUGAACCCCAGUCAGUCUGUGCUGGUUCUGGAGGGUGAUGACAUUGAGAGCUUCAACAGGGCCGUGCAACAGGUCACCUACAGGAACUCUCUCCGCUUCGCCACCCCUGGAGUCAGGCCACUCAAACUGACCACCUCCCUCAGGUGUUUCAAUGAGGAGAGUUGUCUUACGCUCAGGCAGUUGGAGGGCUACCUGGUGGUCCUUCAGCCUGACGCCCCUCAGAUCUCCCUGUCUGGGGUCGGCCCCCACCUGGCCCGCCCCGCGCCUGAAUUCGAGGGCCCCCGUGGUGUACCCCUCUUCCCAGAGCUGAGGAUUGUGUGCUCCCUGUCUCAUGCUGUUAACACAGCCGCUCAGGGCAUGGAAGGAGGAGCUCUGAUGUCAGAUGCCGUGGCCCACACUCUGGACGGCUGUGAGGUCCAGCCCCUGGGGGAGGAGCUAAACCCAGAGAGGGAGGAGCUCCUGGUGGACAUGGAUGCCCUGAGAGAGAGGGGUUUGGAGAUAAUCAACACCACUGCUUACAUCGCCAUCACAGGAGCGGAGUCCAUCUCCGUGUAUGAGGAUGUCCUUCGGUCUGUCCGUUACCGGCUGGCUAAAGGCUCGGCCCGCUUUGAGAGGCGGUUCCGUCUGUCCUGCUCCGAGAUGAAUGGCAGAUACACCAGCAACGAGCUCACACUGGAGGUGAACUUCCUGCACUCCCUGGACAGUCUGUACCACCCGUCUCACCUCCUGGCCUCCCAGCAGCAGUUCCUUCACCCGUCUCAUCACUCUGGGGAGCUGAGCGGACACACCCUGCCUAACCCCCACCGCAACUCAGUGGUGCCAGGAGCAGCCACAGUCAUCAUCAUGGUGUGCGUGGGCUUCCUGGUUGUCAUGGUGAUCCUGGGAGUGUUUCGAAUCCGCUCCAUCCACCGUCGUGGCGAGGGCGCCAGGGGAGGGUCUAAGGAGGACAGCGGCCAAUGGGAUGACUCUGCCCUCACCAUCAUUGUCAACCCCAUGGAGUCCUAUGAGUCUCGUAUGGGCAUCUCAGCUGACACUGAAGGUGAGGGGGAGGAGGACGAGGAAGUGGUGGAGUCGCCUGAUGACGCCAACGACGACCAGCGAAUCAUCAUCAAGAAAGAGGGCAGAGACGGCAACCCCCGUCGCUACUAAGCCAAUCGUCUUUCUCUCUCUGGACGCACCCAUUUCUAUGGAAACCACAAAACGGCUCGCCACUCACACACUCUUCUCAACGCUUUUAAAUAUUGAAAACUGCUGACACCUCUAGUCUAUGGAAUGUAAACGUACAGCAACAAACACUGUAUUACCGCAACAUCACAACAUCAUAGCCAAUAACAGUGCAUUGAAUGUUUCACCACGUAAAUGUUCUACGGUACAAUAUAUACAGUAUACUCUAACCGCCUGACCAAAA